GCGUUCCCUUCCUCCGCAGCCGUCUCUCCCGUGGUCUCUCCGUGCUGCCGCCGGAGUUAGCUAAAAACUGAGGAGGAGGUCUGUCUGUCGUGACAGUCCGGUCAGCCCGUUCAUAUAAACUUUUCUGAGUCUCGGUUGUGACUGAAGGGCGGACAGAGUGUUUCCUUUGUGUUUUCGAUGCAUGGGAGUGCCCUGGGAGCGGCGAAGGGAGAAGACAGUGCCGGUGGUCCUGACUGUUCAGCAGGAUGAGUGAGGCGGAAGGCCAGUUCUACAGCGUUCAGGUGGGAGACUCCACCUUCACUGUACUCAAGCGCUACCAGCAACUCCGCGCCAUCGGCUCCGGGGCCCAAGGCAUCGUCUGCUCUGCACUAGAUACAGUCCUUGGUAUACCAGUGGCAGUGAAAAAGCUGUGUCGGCCUUUCCAGAACCAGACACAUGCUAAACGUGCAUACAGGGAGCUGGUGCUGCUAAAAUGUGUCAACCACAAAAAUAUCAUCCGUCUGAUCAACGUGUUCACGCCUCAGAAGUCCCUGGAGGAAUUCCAGGAUCUAUAUCUGGUGAUGGAGCUGAUGGAUGCCAGCCUGUGCCAAGUGAUCCACAUGGACCUGGACCAUGAGAGAAUGUCCUACCUGCUGUACCAGAUCCUCUGUGGCAUCAGGCACCUGCACUCUGUUGGCAUCAUCCAUAGGGACCUAAAACCCAGUAACAUUGUGGUGAAGUCAGAUUGCACUCUCAAGAUCUUGGACUUUGGCCUGGCAAGAACAGCCUGCACUAACUUCAUGAUGACCCCCUAUGUGGUGACCAGAUACUACCGAGCCCCAGAAGUCAUUCUGGGCAUGAAGUAUAAGGAGAAUGUGGACAUCUGGUCAGUGGGGUGUAUCAUGGGAGAGAUGGUAAAAGGCAGUGUCAUCUUCCAAGGCACCGACCACAUUGACCAGUGGAAUAAGGUGAUUGAGGUUCUGGGCACGCCCAGUCUGGAGUUUAUGAACCGUCUGAUGGAGACCGUGAGGAACUAUGUCAUGAACAAGCCACAGUAUCCGGGUGUCAGCUUUGCAGAGCUUUUCCCAGACUGGGCCUUUCCAUCUGACUCAGAACAUGACAAACUUAAAACGGGUCAAGCCCGGGACCUGCUGUCCAAAAUGCUGGUCAUUGAUCCUGAAUGCCGCAUCUCUGUAGAGGAAGCCCUCAACCAUCCCUACAUUCACGUGUGGUACGACCCUGCGGAGGCUGACGCGCCUCCUCCCCAGAUUUCAGAUAAGCAGCUGGAAGAGAGAGAGCACACCAUUGAGCAGUGGAAAGAGCUCAUUUAUGAAGAGGUGAUUGACUGGGAGGAGAGGAACAAGAAUGGUCUAAUGAAAGAAGAUAGCUCAGAUGUGGUGUCCGGCUCAGCCUCUCAGUCCUCCUCAGCCAAUGACAUCUCAUCUAUGUCCACGGAGCACACAUUGGCCUCGGACACAGACAGCAGCAGCAUCGACACACUGACGGGACCACUGGACGAGAGUCAGUGAACACAGUCCAUGGCCACAUGUGUCUGCCUGCCCCCUCCCCGUCCCCCCCAUUUACAAUAUCCAAAUAUCAAUCAACCAUCACCUUCCUUUCUUCUGUUUACUCCCCAUAUUUUCAUUUUUUUUGUUCUCUGUAUUUUCCUUCUUUCCUCUCAACUUCAAUGAAUAGGUCUAUUUUUCUAUUUUCUUUUCAUGUGUGAUCUAAUGGAUCUUGUUGAUCCUCUUCAACUUGUUUUGGACUGCAUCCUAGAGGUCAAAGCUGUGCUAUCUGUUGGGUCAAAGGUUUAUCAUUCUCUA